AUUCACAUUUCUUUUCAGUAUUAUUUUUACUAAAUAAAAAAAAAACCACAAACCUUCAAGAAAAACCAUUCAUAUUUCUUUUCAGUGUUAUUUCUUCUAUAUAAAAAAAAAAAAACCACAAAUCUUUAAUAAAAACCAUUCAUAUUUCUUUUCAGUGUUAUUUCUUCUAUAUAAAAAAAAACCACAAAUCUUUAAUAAAAACAAGAAAAUUUUGUAAAAAUGGGUAGAAAUAUUGUCGUAAUGUGUGAUGGAACAUGGAAUAAUCCAAAUUCCCAAACAAACGUUUUUACAUUAUAUAAAGAAUUAAUUGAGAGAGAUUAUGAACAACAUAUUUUGUAUAUAGACGGAAUUGGAAUUGGUGAAUUGGCCUGGAAUUUUAUCGUUGAUGGAGCUAUGGCUCUAAGUCUUGAUAAUAAAAUCAAAGAAGGUUACAGAUUUAUAGUUGAUCAUUAUCAUCCUGAUGAUGAUAUAUGGCUUUUUGGUUUUAGUCGUGGCGCUUAUACUGCGAGAUGUAUUGCUGGAAUGUUAAGAAAUUGUGGAAUAUUAAAUCGAGAAAUCAACCCUGAUCAAAUUGACAAAAGUGUUGAUCUCGCUUAUGGUUUUUAUCGUGAUAGAGAUUUAGCUAAGCACCCGAAAGCAAAAGCUUCUGAAGAAUUUAAAAAAUCUUUCAGUUAUCCUGAUUCUAAAAAACCAAUUAUAAAAUUCCUUGGAUUAUGGGAUACUGUUGGCGCUCAUGGUUUACCCGGUUAUGUAAUUGGUGAUGGUUUUAGAUAUUUGGAAUUCUAUGAUCAAACUGUACCUAGUAUAGUUAAAAAUGCUUGUCAAGCUUUAGCUACUCAUGAAAACAAUGCUUUCUUUGAACCUUGUCGUAUACUUCCGAAUAAAUCUGCACCUGAUACUACCGUAAAAGAGACUUGGUUUCCGGGUGUACAUAGUGAAAUAGGUGGUGGAACGUUUUUAUCAUUUAAAGGCAAUGAAAGAAUAACUAAUGCAACUCUUUUGUGGAUGAUAGAAAAUAUCGUAGAAGUUGGCGGUUUAUUAAUGCAUGAUGAUAUCGAGACUUAUCGUAAUCGUUUCUCUCCUGAUAUUGGACCUUCUUGGAACCUUAUGAAUUAUAUAUUUGAUCAUAUCAGUUCUAUUUUUCCAGCCAUAUUGGUUAAAGAUAGAACUAUUCCAUUAGAAUUAGAUUCUAGUCAAAAAUUUUUAAGAAAAGAUCUUCUUUAUAGGGAUGGUGAUUGGUUGCUUCCAUUUGGUGUUAGGUCAUAUAUAUAUACUCAAUAUUUUUCGAAAACAUAUGAAAAACUUCGUAAAGAUAUGGAAACGAAGGGAAUUAAACUAUAUGACAAUAAAAGAUACGAUAUGGAUAUAAGUAAAAAAGCAUAAGAGGAUACUCGUCCAUAAUCAAGGAGGAUAUGAUUUAUUGAACAAUUUCAUUUAGUUUCAAGUAAAUAAUUAGAUAGAUAAUGUCACUUUCGAACAUUUAAUAUAUAGUUUUUUUUUUAGAGACACUACAAGAACUAAUAAUAUUUCAUUUAAAUAACAUUUUCACGAUCAUUUUUUUUUUUAAAAAAAAUUUUGUUCUUCACAAUUUAUAAACAAAGUAAAAUAAAAUUAUUCUUUU